UCCAGACUGACAUUGCAAACAAAUGUGCGUCAGAUUCUGAAUUUCAGUUUCGUGACCCCAUUGCCCCCUCCCUUUUGAGAAUUUCUUAAAAUGUCAGCACGGACGCCAUUGUUAACAGUCAAUGAGCAUUCGUCAGACCAGAAUUGGCAGUGAUUGCUAGUUUCCACUGAAGCACCUUAAAUCACAACGGACCUAUCCACUGACCUGUAGUUUUUUUAACUCCUUGAAGAGGUUGGGAUGCAUUCUCACUCGGACUCCAAGGCGGGGGGGCGACCCAGCAUGCCGCGAUGCCAGAGCUCGGUUGCGACCACGGCGGACGAGCAGCCGCACAUCGGCAACUACCGGCUGCUGAAGACAAUCGGCAAGGGCAACUUCGCCAAGGUCAAGCUGGCCAGACACGUGCUCACCGGGAAAGAGGUGGCUGUGAAAAUCAUAGACAAGACUCAGCUCAACUCCUCCAGUCUCCAGAAGCUGUUUCGUGAAGUCAGGAUCAUGAAGCUUUUGAAUCACCCCAAUAUCGUUAAGUUAUUUGAAGUCAUAGAGACGGAGAAGACGCUGUAUCUGGUUAUGGAGUAUGCUAGUGGAGGUGAAGUGUUUGAUUACCUCGUCGCUCACGGCCGGAUGAAAGAGAAAGAGGCUCGUGCCAAAUUCCGACAGAUCGUUUCAGCUGUGCAGUACUGCCACCAGAAGUGCAUUGUACACAGAGACCUGAAGGCGGAGAACCUCCUCCUGGAUUCGGAGAUGAACAUCAAGAUCGCGGACUUCGGCUUCAGUAACGAGUUCACGCUGGGGAACAAGCUGGACACGUUCUGCGGGAGCCCGCCCUACGCCGCCCCCGAGCUCUUCCAGGGCAAGAAGUAUGACGGGCCCGAGGUGGACGUGUGGAGCCUGGGCGUCAUCCUCUACACGCUGGUCAGCGGCUCGCUGCCCUUCGACGGACAGAACCUCAAGGAGCUGCGUGAGCGGGUUUUGAGAGGGAAGUACAGGAUUCCUUUCUACAUGUCCACAGACUGCGAGAACCUGCUCAAGAAGUUUCUCAUCCUCAAUCCAACCAAGAGGGGAAGCCUAGAGCAGCAGGUAAUGAGGGACCGCUGGAUGAACGUGGGCCAUGAGGAGGAGGAGCUGAAGCCGUACGUGGAGCCGCAGCCCGACUAUAAGGACCCCAGGAGGACAGGUCAGCCACGCGCUGGCGCAGAGGGCUGGAAGAGAGAUGUGAUGCUGCAGAUGGGCUACUCUCAGGAGGAGAUCCAGGACUCUCUCAUUAACCAAAAAUACAACGAGGUGAUGGCUACAUACCUCCUACUGGACUACAGGAACUCAGAGAUGGGCGAGGGCGUCAGCCUGUCAAUCAAGUCCCGCCAUGGAAACGACCUCACAAACAGCAAUGUCCAGUCGCCUCCCCAGAAGGUACAGCGCAGUGUCUCUUCCAAUCAGAAGCCCAGGAGAUCCGCAGACCAAGGCUCAUCCUACUCAAAGCGCUCCCAGGUGGACAGUAAACACAGCGCUGAGGAUUCUGGGAGGAAAGGGUCAGGCGGCUCCGCGAAAGUGCCACCGAGUCCCCUCAACGCAGACCGUAAGAAGAGCACUCCUACCCCAUCCUCAAACAGCAUCCUGUCCACUGGUACGAGUCGCAAUCGGAGCUCCCCUGUGCCUGAUCGAGAAUCGGUUCAGAACGGCAAGGACAGCAGCUUGGCCACCUCAGGGUCCCGCGCCUCCACGGCCCCGGCCUCCGCCGUUCUCUCCUCCUCCUCCUCCUCCUCCCGCUCCCGACACCACAAGUCCCUGUCCACCUCGGCCCACCCCAGCCCCCCUGACCUCCACGCACAGCUCCCCAGCACCACCCCUCAGAGAUUGGCAGUAGCAUCUCCCUCUGCCCAUAACGUCAGCAGCUCCACGGUGACGGAUCGCACCAACUUCCCCAGGGGGGUCGCCAGCAGAAGCACUUUCCACGCCGGCCAGCAGAGGGCAACGCGAGACCAGCACGCCUCCACUUACAACGGCCCCCCCGUGUCUCCCUCCCUCUCCCACGGCAACAGCCAGGCCCGUCGUGCUGGAACCGGCAUCUUCAGCAAGUUCACAUCCAAGUUUGUGCGCAGAAAUCUCUCGUUCAGGUUCCCCAGAAGGAGCCCGUAUGAGGGAGAGGGUCGGGAUGAGGCAAGCAGGCCAAUGCUGAGCACUGCAGACAAGCGUGAGAAGGCCCCCGUGGGGGACGAGAACAAGGACUCCCUGUCGUCCUCGUCCAACGUCCCCAGCUCGCUGACCCCGCCCCCGCCGCACUCUCAACUGGGCAAGGACACCAAGCCGCGCUCGCUGCGCUUCACCUGGAGCAUGAAGACCACGUCGUCCAUGGAGCCCGGCGAGAUGAUGAAGGAGAUCCGCAAGGUGCUGGACUCCAACAGCUGCGAGUACGAGCUGCGCGAGCGCUUCAUGCUGCUGUGCGUGUCGGGCAACCCGGCGCGCGACGACUUCGUGCAGUGGGAGAUGGAGGUGUGCAAGCUGCCCCGCCUCUCGCUCAACGGCGUGCGCUUCAAGCGCAUCUCGGGCACCUCCAUCGCCUUCAAGAACAUCGCCUCCAAGGUCGCCAACGAGCUCAAACUGUGAGGGGUGGGGUGGGGAGGGGAGGGAACCGGAAGGGAAUUGGGGAGGACUUAAACCUUGGGGGGGGGGGGGACUCUCAAGCAAAGGACGGACGGUGGGGAACAGACGGCCGCAAAAAAGGUUCCUGUCAGACGAGAGGAGGAACUCGAGCUUUGAGAAAUGGAAGGAGCGGAGGAAAGACUUCAACUAACGGUUCAACCAAGAGAACUGAUACUAUAAGGAGGUGGUCUGAGGUUUCGCUUAAACAAGUGUGCAUAGACUUCACAGGGCAGAAGAGGUUUUGGUGUGUACAGAUUUUGAGGGGGUGGUUUGUUUUGAAGAGGUUUUUUUUUUCCAUUUGGGGUUUCCGUUUCACCUCUAUUCAUCACUUUUUUUGGGGAUGUCCUGUUGCAUGGAUAUUUUUGUUCCCUGGUGGUCUUCAUUACACCUCAGAUGUCUAAUUUCAGAAGGAGUGGAAUACGGAGAACAUGGGGUAGAAGGAGAGAGUAAUUAACUGAUUACCAUAAUGAUGUGGGUUUCCCUUUCUACACUAUAAACUCAAACUAGCUUCUGUCACUGAACAUUGUAACCCCCCAUUACUAUGCUCUAACCCAAGCUAUGGUAAAGUACCAUAAUACUUGAGCAUCUCACUCCUGGAUCCAGGUGUCCUGCAAAUAAACGGAGAAAGCUGCAGAUUGACGCUCUGAAUGUACAACCAUGAUGGGCAACUACACGUAUAUAAAUGGAGGAAGGGGACCUGAAUAAAAGAUUUUCAGAAGUUCCAGAGGCUUUGAUUGGCUCAGGCUAGAUAAUGAUUGACAGCAUAUGGCAGCUCAUCCCAUUCAGUGAUCUGUGAAGCUUCAAGUGCCGUCACUGCAGCCGAGGAACGGUGUCUGACCUGAGGCACAACUGACAGUUUGGAUUUGAACCUGAAGAACCUCUUCUAAUGCUCUAUCACUGUAUCACUUUUUCCCCUCCUCCUCCUUCCCCUCCCCCACAUUGCUUUUCUACAGCAGGGGUCAUUUUAUUUUUUCUUCUGAUUAACUAAUUAAGGGCCAAUUAAGUAAUUAUUGGUGGAUUGUAUUGUAAUUAAGAGUUGUUGGUUGGUUUCAAAGUGCUGCACUGGAGUGAGUCGGUUCCGUUGCCUUUCUGGAGAAAAUUAUUAAUAUUAUAAGAAUAAACAAAAGUUGAAUGAUUUUUCUUUUUGUUUUUGUGUUUUAUUUGGUUGAUUCUCACCUCUGUAAGGGGUGUGGCCUGAUCGUGUUUAUCCAACACUUCCCAAAGCUUAGCUAGGUAGACAUUGAAAUGUCAAUAACAUGUAUAUCACUGGAAAAGGAGGGUCUUAUUUUGUUGUUAAUCUUUUUUAUGUAGACUGGAACUCCAUGUAUCUCCUGAGAAUCAUUGUAACUGAGCCAGCAAAAUGGCUAAGUGACAAAUUCAAACUUAAAAUGUGUCUUCUGUCUGCCCCAAACAGUAUUUGCCUUUUUGUCUGUACAUUGCAAUUCAGUGCACGUCAUGGAGUUUUUACAUGCCUGUUUGUACACACGUUCUGUAGAAAUUCUACUUGUGAUUAAGGACCGGUUUUAUUUUGUCAUCUGUAAUUAGAGGUUGCUGAUAGGAUACCCAUCAUCAAUGUCAAGUUUCUGGAGUUUAAAAUUAGUCUGAUUUAUGUGUAUGUGGAAACUUUUAACAUUACCUGAAGACAUGCACACCACAUUAAAUUUUAUUUGUAUUCCUA